CUAAUCAAAGAAGCAUCCUCUUCUGGUGCUAAGAGGAAAUGAUGGAUUGAGUAUAUUGGCCAUACACGACAAUAACCAUCAUCCGCCUGUCAUUAUAUGGGCCGUACAAGACAAUAACGUUAUUCAAAAAUUUCCGGUGAGAAAAAGUCCGUUGUUCUGGAAACUUCGAAGACGACCAAAUGUCAAGUAUGUUUUAUUUGAAACGCGUUUCCGUCGUCGUUGGUCGGUGUCAAAUGGGAAGUUUCGAAGAAGAGAACCAAACCACCUUCUAGUUAAUGUCUUAAACGAGAAGCAAAAUGUAACACCAAAAAAAUGUAUAUAAAUAUAUAGAGAGACUUCAAAGAUUUAAAAAAGAUCUAUAACUCCAAAUUUCCAAGAAUCGUGUUCAUCUUCAGCUCUCCAAACUAAUACCAUCUAAAUGGCUCAGCAGUAUUAUCAGCAAAACGAAAUGAAGCAGACAUUGAGCGAGAAACCGUACGUGACGGCGCCACCACCGAUGGGUUACCCGGUGAUGAUGAGUGGCUCUCCCAAAACUGUGCAUCAUCAAACGCAGAACAAAGGCAGUGGUGGAUUUUUACGUGGAUGUUUGGCUGCAAUGUGCUGCUGCUGCGUUUUGGAUUGUGUCUUCUAGGCUACGGAUCUGUUUUGAAUUCUGCAAGUAUUCUUUGUAAAUCAUUUCUUCAUUGUUCUGAACAUAUAUAUAUAUGAUAUUUGGUGUUUUUAAAAAAAAAUAUAUGAUGGGUGUUAAUUAAUUAAUUUUUUGCUUUUGAGAUUAGUUUAAAACUAAAUCAACUUACAGCUGAAAUCAGCUUCAGAAAUAUACAACAUGGCCGUAUAGUUUGGUGAAACAUUGACAUCCAUUUCAAAGAAAUGGAAUCCAUUCAUCUCUAAACUUGAAUCAGACAGCAACAGUAAACGUCUUCCAAACUAUUCUUACGUUAGGCCUGCUGGACAUUUGGUGCAACCAACUGGCUGGCCUUUCAGGAACGACCUAAGCUGAAUCUAUUGCCUCUUGGUCAGCUCAGGAACGACCAUGUUCUUGCCUCAUUCAAGAACAUGCAAUUCAAAAGCCAAUGAGCGCUCCAAGAACAUGGAAAUUUGAACAAAAGGACGGUAACGCACCUUCUGCCCUUGAUCUAGCUCAUGCCUAUUCUCCUUUCCCUGACCCUAAAUCCAGAACAGGAAGCAGCAACAGUUUUAAGUUUUAACAAUCGAACGCAGCAGCAGCAGCAGUAACCGUUCUCUUCAACCACACCAAGACAGAUUAAUGGCUUCAGCAGCAGUACUUAUUAUGAGCCGACGUUAAUGGAAUGCCGAGCUGAGUUGAAGCAAUGAGCUACCAAGGAUGAGAGCUUAUGUGGUUUAUAUAUAUAUUUACAAGAAGCUUUCUUCUACAACACUCAAUCUCUUAGGUAGACUUUAGUAAUAUGCUUAAUCUGGUUUACAUAUUUCGCAUGAGGUUAUGAUCCUCACUUUGCUGCCGAUGGACAUGCCUGCGCAGUAGAGGCUAUUAAGUUAUGGUUUAGCACAGGUCACGAUAUGACAAAUCUCAAGCUUUGUCAAUGCAAUGGACUCACGAGUUGGAAUCAUUCCUCCUUUUCUACUAUUUAUGAGCCUUGCUUGAAAUUUUUGAUAGUGGGCCUAUAAUGGACUCACGAGUCGCUACUCUACUAUUUAUGAGCCUUGCUUGAAAUUUUUUAUCCAGUGUUCUUAAAUCAAUACUCAUAACCGGAUCGUACGUGGAUCAAUCAAUGCCUGGUUUUCAUUUUCUAUAAAUAUCCGAAAUUGGAAAUAAAGCCAUUUUCUGCUCAGAACGGUAAAGAAGACAUCUGUGUUUUGUUUUGUACACGCCUAAAACGCCAUCAAAAGCCAAACAUACUAAAGACCAAAAAACAAUAAAAGCAACCCCAAUACUAUAUUAAUAUGCUUUCCUUUCUUCGGUGGCGUAACACAAUUCUUUUCUUCAGACUCUCUUCUUGUAAUGGAAUAGUUUUCAGUUUUCGAAAUAGCCUACACCAACUGAGAAAUGUUAUAAACUCCAUCUUAAGACAAAACCGCCAGAUUAAAAAAGCGAAACGCUAAUUUCUGAGAGACACUGAUGACUCAAGUCAAGGGUUGGUCUCUUUUAAUUUUAUCUUUAAAUUAGUAAUUGAUGCUCAAGAUUAAAAAUUUAAAAGUAAUAUUUCGAUUCCGGUUUAUGGUAAAUUGUAGUGUAUGUUAAAAAAAAUUAAAAGAAUUAAUUUUGAUAUGUUAUGUUUCCAAAAAAAUCAUUUAUCUUUUCGCAUCAAAAGAGAAUUAUGUAGUUAAGAGCAUCUCCAAAAAGAAACUUUAUUUUGAAGUUUCCGAAAUUCUAUAUUUGAAGUUUAAAAGUGUUAUUCUCCAAAAACAAAAUUUUAAACUCAACUUCAAAACUAUUUGUAUUUUAUAAUAUGGUCCUUAUAUUUAUCAUAAUUAAUUUGAAUUCAUAGAACUUUUAUAAAUAACUAGCACAUAUUACAACAAUAUUAAUUAAUAAAAUAUUUUAUUAAAAUAUAAAAAUUUAAAUAAAAAUAACUUAAUUAAUAUUAAACUUCAAACAAAAUACCAUAUUAUUCUAUCCAAUGAUUUUGUAAUGCAUAUAUGAUAUAUUAGUGCAUUUUGAAGUAAAAAUGGCUCUCUUCAUUUUUACUAUGUAGAUUACGAGUUAAAAUUUGUUAAAAGCAAGUGAUAUUGAUACUUGUAAAUACAUUAGACCAAAACAAGAAAGUGAAACAUAAAAUAUUUCUAAAAGACUAAUUUCUUUUCGAUGAUAUUGAUACUCAUGAAUAUAUUUGAUAUAAAUAAUAAAGAAGUGUACAAAAAAAACAUUUAAAAAAACAA